AUGUCGACGUCCCUCUGCCUAACGCCCGCUCCACCGACGUCCCUCUGCCGACGUCUCUUUGUCGACGUCGCCUCUGCCAACGCCCCUCUAUCGACGUCCCUUUGUCGACGUCCCUCUGCCAACGCCCCUCCAUCGACGUCCCUCUGCCGACGUCCUUUGUCGAUGUCCUCUGCCAAACGCCCUUCCAUCGACGUCCCUCUGCCACGUCCCUUUGUCGACGUCCCUCUGCCAACGCCCCUCACAUCGACCCCCUCUGCCGACGUCCCUCCAUCGCCCUCCAUCGACGUCCCUCUGCCGACGUCCCUUUGUCGACGUCCCUCUGCCAACGCCCCUCCAUCGACGCCCCUCUGCCGACGUCCCUUUGUCGACGUCCCUUGCCAACGCCCCUCCAUCGACCGCCCCUCUGCCGACUCCCGUUUGUCGCGGCCUGCUGCGCAACGCCCCUCCAUGCGACGCCCCUCUGCCGUACGUCCCUUUGUGCACGUCCCGCUGCCAAACGCCCCUCCAUCGAUCGCCCCUCUGCCAGUCCCUUGGUCGACGUCCCUCGCCAACGCCCCUCCAUUCGACGCCCCUCAGCCGACGUCCACUCCAUCGGCCCUCCAUCGGAUCGUCCCUCUGCCCGACGUCGCCUUUGUCGAGCGUCCUCUGCCAACGCCCCUCCAUCGACGCCCCUCUUGCCGAGCGUUCCUUUGCGAACUCCGUCCUCUGCCAACGCCCUCCAUCGACCGCCCUCUCCGACGUCCUGCGAUCCCCCUUCACGCCCCCCAUCGACGCCCCUCUGCCGACGUCCCUGUCGACGUCCCUCUGCCAGAUCGCCCCUCCAUCGACGCCCCUCCGACCGACGUCCCUCCUCAUCGCGUCCCUCCGUCGGACGUCCCUCUGGCCCACGUCCCGUUGUCGACGUCCCUCUGCCGAACGCCCCUCCAUCGUACGUCCAACUCUGCUGACGUCCCUUUGUCGGCAUCGUUCCCUGCUGCCAAGCGCCCCUCCGUUCGUACGCUCCCUCGCACCUCCGCGAUAUGA